AUGAACUCUGGGAACCUUGACUCCGGCACAGAGAUCCUCGAGAAGGUUUGCCAACAUCGAGAGAUCCUGAAGCCCAUCGCCCAGCCGAGUAAUGAUACUUCGGCGACUGGCAUCCGAGAGUUCAGCUCUUACACGAUCAGCAGUCCCAACAUCGAGGCCUUGGAAGCACAGUUGGUCUGCGACGCUCUGGAUCUGGGCUUCCAGGACCUGAGAGCUCUCAUUGUCCUCUGCGGUGAUCUUCUUGGCCAGUUGUCCGACGGCGACUUUGCAGUACUCGUGAUCGAGUGGGUAGCGUUCGAAGACGAACGCCGCUGA